GAGUCUUUUGAGAGUUUGUGUGUAAUAUAAGUGCAGUAAGUCAUGGAGCUGGAGCAUUUAGGUGGCAGUGGGGUUAAACCCGAGAGGGGCAACACGCGUCUCUACAGGAUAGCACUGGCCAUGUGUGUGUUUCUCUGUGCCGUUCUGCUGCUAGCACUCAUACUGGUCUCUCAAAAAUCUAGUCAGGAGGAGUUCUGUCUGAGCCCAGAAUGCAUUGAAGCAGCGGGAUCUAUUCUGAGUAAAAUGGAUCAGUCCAUAAACCCCUGUGAUGACUUCUAUACUUUCUCCUGUGGUGGGUGGUUAAAGGAGAACCCCAUCCCUGAAGAUUCGUCCUCGUUUGGCAUCUACCCCUGGUUACGGCAGCACGUAGACAUCCGACUCAAAGAGUUAUUAGAAGCUCCUUUGAACCCUGAUGAACUGGAGGCAGUGGCCAAGGCUAAGAUCCUCUACCGCUCGUGUAUGAAUGAGACUAUACUGGAGCAGUUGGACUCCAAACCAAUGCUGAAAACCCUCAAACAGCCUGAGUUUCGGUGGCCUGUUGUGGGGGAUGGACUCGGUGGGGAGUAUCAAUGGUCAACGGAUCAGUGGAGCCUCCUGAAGACUCUGGCAGAGAUUAGGAAUCAGCACAGUAAGAGCGUCCUGAUUCGCCUGUACGUCUCCCCCGAUGACAAAAACUCCUCGCACUACAUCAUCAAGCUCGAUCAGGCAUCUUUGUCUCUGCCCUCCAGGGAAGACUACAUCACCAACACUUCCUCCGCCCAGGCGUAUCGGGCUGCCUUGCUGAGUUUGAUGGUAGAUGUAGCCGUCAUGCUGGGCGCUCCAGAGAAGGCAGCGCUGAUCCAGAUGGAAAAGGCUCUCGCCUUUGAGACCAAACUGGCUCAUAUCCUGAUCCCCUAUGAAAACCGCACCAGUGAGAACAUGUAUAACAGAUACACACUCUCUCGCCUGCAACGCUCCAUACCACAGUUUGAAUGGCUGGGUUUUGUAAAACGUGUGGUGGAGUCUAAAGACGAUCCAACUCGGUCCAUCUCCUCCUCUGAACCCGUCAUUGUUCGAGCUCCGCAGUACUUCAAGGAACUUUUCAAACUCAUUAACAACACAGAUCCCAGGACUGUGGCUAACUACGUACAGUGGAGGACUGUUUUUUCCAGGAUCACCACUCUGAGCCGACGUUUCCUUUACAGAUACCUGGACUAUGCUCGGGUAACCACAGGAACCACCUCUCUGACCCCGCGCUGGGAUAAGUGUGUUAACUAUGUCGAGAACUCGCUUGUUUAUGCCACUGGGCGCCUCUUUGUCAACACACACUUCCAGGAGGACAAGAAACACAUGAUGGAGGAGCUGAUUGAGGGCGUUCGCUGGGCGUUCAUCGACAUGCUGAAGAAGGAGAACGACUGGAUGGAUGAACCAACGAAGAAGAGGGCCAUAGAGAAGGCUCAUGCAGUCCUGGCUAAGGUUGGCUACCCUGAGUUUAUUCUGAACGACACCUACCUCAAUGAAGAUUUAAAGCAGCUAGAGUAUAGUGAAAAGGACUACUAUGGGAAUGUGAUGCAGACGUUGAAGUUCAUCGCCCAGUCUGAUAUCGCCUGGCUCCGGAAGAGCGUCCCACGUACAGAGUGGUUUACUAACCCAACAACCGUGAACGCCUUCUACAGUUCCUCCACAAAUCAAAUUAGAUUCCCUGCUGGAGAGCUUCAAAAGCCUUUCUUUUGGGGACGAGAGUAUCCAAGAUCUUUAAGUUAUGGUGCCAUCGGGGUGAUAGUAGGACAUGAGCUAACACACGGCUUUGACAAUAACGGUCGCAAAUACGAUAGUAAUGGCAACCUUGACCAGUGGUGGAGUAACUCAUCUGUAACAGCCUUCAAUGAGAAGACCCAAUGUGUGAUUGAGCAGUAUAAUAACUACUACUGGGAGGAGGCAGGCUUAAAUGUGCGUGGCAAGAGGACUCUGGCUGAAAACAUAGCAGACAAUGGAGGAAUAAGAGAGGCUUUUAGGGCGUACAGGCGGUGGGUAGAUGAGAGCAGAGGCGGCGUGGAGGAGCAGAGGCUGCCUGGAGUUGGACUGAACAACAACCAGCUUUUCUUCCUGAGCUAUGCACAUGUGAGAUGUAACUCAUAUAGACCAGAAGCAGCCAGGGACCAGAUCCAGAGUGGAGCUCACAGUCCACCAAAAUACAGAGUUAUCGGAGCGAUGAGUAACUAUGAAGAGUUUCGGAAAGUGUUCAACUGUCCGGAGUCGUCAGUGAUGAACCGAGGUGCACAGUCCUGUCGGGUGUGGUGAACUUUGACCUCAGCCUGACUCUGAACCUGUCCAGAGCUGUCAGCAGGACAUUUGUUGAAAAGGUUGAUAAAACUGGACUUAGUUCAUCUUGUGGACGUGGGAGCAACGAGUGAAAAUGAAACAGCGUUGUUCUCACAGGAAAAAAAAAAAAAAAACGUAACGUAGAAACAUGUCAGGAUUAGAGCCAUUUCGGCCUUUUAUAUUAUUACUGCAACAAAUCAGAUUUUUUUUUGCAAAUACUUUUAUUGCAGUUACUGCAUAAAUUAUGACUCCUUGGUAAGGAUUGUAAUUUAUAAGACAGAAAUGUUGGGAAAAAGUAUAUAAAAUACAUAUAUGGUACAAUGAAUAGAUUUCUUUUUUAUUUCAAAUCAACAUUAUUACUGCAAAUGUAAUAGUAACUGUCAGGUCAGUGUCUGUAUUUAUUAGUUAAUAACCUUGUUGAUGAAUUCCCCAGCACCCUAAAUCAAAAAGUUAACUCAACUCGAGUCAGAUUUUUAGAGUCUAAUUUUAUCCCAUGUUAAGUCUUAAAACCUGAUAUAUCCUUGCUGUUUUUCUUUUUUUUUUAAGAGAUAAUUGUGAAAGUUCAUAUCAUAAUUUUAAAAUCGAGAGCAACUCAACAAGGAAUAUAUAUCAACCUGCUGGCAUAUUUUUGAACACUUGAUAUGGUUAACCUCCUGAAGACUGAGUUUGUUUUGUAUUGUGUGUAUUGUACGUGGGCUCUCCUUUGAUGAGUUCUUUCUUGGUUUCUGUCCCACUUUGUUUCAGUCUUGCUCAUGUGUUAGACAUUUAUAUUCAUUCUCCUGCAGUUCAGCCUGAGGCAAAUGAACCCACAGAAUUACAAGCACUCAGACUACAAGAUGUACUCUCUCCAUUUGUUGUUCUUUGUGCUGAACUGCACUGCUGAGGUGCAAUCACACACCAGCUUGUUUGGAGUAUUUGAUUUUGUAUCGGAAUAAGAGUAUUUUAAACAGCAGGUGUCACAUCUCAGUCAAAAAAAUGUGAAGGAUGUAUCUUCUUAAGUAUUGCUUAUCAAGAGUGAUCAUUAAAACAUAACACUGUUUCCUGAGCCCAGUGCUCAGGAUUUGCUUCGUAGAUUAAAAUGAUUGCAAGCAGAAAACUUUAUUUCACUCUUUCUUGUUUUUAUAUGUAUCUUCCUUUUGAAGGACUCUCAUAGUUGAAGUUAACUGAUUCCUCUCAUGGCUUUACUUGUCCUUAUGAAUGGCUGUGCCAGCUCUUCAUAAGGUGGAAUUAAGCCUAGACAUAAGAUUUUACUGAGUCUUCGAGAUAUUGGUAAUUCAUCAAAACAUUUUAUGCAUUAUGGCUACACGUGUUAGAUUAUCUUCCUUCACUACUGAGUGAAGGUCCAUAUUACCAAAUUAAAGUUAUUUUACUAAUUAAAACCAAGUAAGACAGUUACAUAGCUAACUGAAUUGAUUGAGUGAAGAGGUAACGUGGUAUGCUUGACAAAUCUGACCUGACACUUGUUGAAAGGCUAUAAUGAUGUUAAACUGAGGAGAUUUUUAAAUCACAUUUCACAUAGAUCACUACCUCAGGUUAUGAAACAUGACACCAGUAAUGUUAGACUGAAUUACUAAAAUAAGGUCUGGUUUUGUAAUUCGUUUUGUAACCAUAUAUGAUUAAAACAAUCAUAACUUAAUCUACAACUGAUUAAUAGCUGGCUUUAAAAUAUUAUUUUAAAGCAAGCCCAACCCCUAAAACUAUUUGUUUUAGAAGGUUUGUUAUAGCUUGUGAUGCUGCUCUUGAUUGGCCACACACCAGAUGUUUCCUAGCAACUGUUUUACACACUAAGUCUUUAUUCGCUAAUGGAUUGCUCUAGUUAUGAUGGCGCAUCCUGAUUUAGUAAAUCACAAUUUUGGAACUUAGCUGGUUGUUACAAGAACUAAGGAAGUCUUUUGCACAAACUUAGUAAUGGAGCUCCAGACAAAUGGUACAACACACUCCUCCAGGAUACGGUAGUACUCAGAGAAAAAGUAGUACACCAAAUCUGUCCGAGAUUUUUUUCAUUUACUAGAAAUCUGGUUGCAACUAAUGGCUUUUUUCAUUUUUAAUUGUAUGUGAUUGUCUAUUAGCUAUCUGUACAAUAAUCUUCAGAAUUUCCCGUUGCCCAUUGUCUUCAAAUCUCUUGAUUCCUCAUUUAUCAAGUUGUGGAUGUUUUAUUUUUUGUUUCAGCCCUACAAAAUAGCAUCACUUUGAUUACCCAGUAAGGUUUAUUUUGAAAUGCUGGAGCAUCCACACCUCCACAGAGGAAAUUAUGAAACUGAAACCACUGUAUGUGUCAAAACUGAGGUUCUUUAUUUACGUUAUACUAUGAGCAAAUCUCUUUCACAAUGUAUAUAUUUCUAACCUAAUAUUUGUUUCUGUAUGCUGUGUUUGUUGUUUUGGUUGAGCCUUUUCUGUCAUGUGCUAAUAAAAGUCUGAGAGAGUCUGCUCCUCCUUCACCU